AUGGCCACUGCGUUGACGUCUGUGGGCGGAGUCACGGCACUUCUUGAGGAAAAGGACCCUAAACUCCAUGCCUACGCACUAGACAAGCUCGACGCGCUUGUCGACCGUUUCUGGGCAGAGCUUGCGGAUUCGGUGGCACGGAUUGAAGAGCUGUACGAGGACGAGGCGUUUGCAGAGCGUACCCUCGCUGCCCUUGUUGCCUCCAAAAUCUACUUUUACCUGGGCGAGCUGGACGAUGCUUUGAGCUUGGCGCUUGGCGCUAAUGAACUCUUCGACGUUGAGCGCAAGAACGAGUAUGUGGACACGGUGAUCUCCAAGGCCAUCGACAAAUACAUCGAGCUGCGCAAUACCGAGGAAAAGGAUUUGGACGCGCGUUUGGAGAGUAUUGUCGACAGGAUGAUGACCCGGUGUAUCGGCAUGGGCGAGUAUCGCCAAGUGCUUGGCAUUGCGCUGGAGACGAAUCGCUUGGACGUGAUUGAAAAUGUAUUCAACACCACCCACGAUGUUUCGUUGCUCACUUACGUGCUCGAGGUGGUCAUGUCUGUCGUCGCAGCACCAGAGGCCCGCAAGCAAGUCCUCUUGCUCCUUGUAAAGCUUUUCCAGUCGCAGGCGCAAACAGACUACUUUUCUAUCGCGCAGUGUUACGUGUAUCUCAACGAGUCUGUUUUGGCGUCGGACCUCUUCAAAAAGCUUGUGGAUCGCGCUGCAGAGCACCAUGAUCUGGCCAACACGGAGCAGGACGCGCUCAUGAUUGCGUAUCAAAUUGCGUUUGACCUUGUCGAGAGCGCGUCGCAAGAGUUUUUGAAGAGUGUGCAGCAAGAGUUGCAGCAGAAGCUCGACUUGCCGCCCCAAGGCCAAGAAAUCGAAAAGCCGCAGGGCAAAACCGCUUGGGGUGUCCAUAUCUGCCAGAUUUUGAGCGGUGUAGAGACCAUUCGCCUCUACCUCGAGUUUCUCCAGGACGCAAACCACGCGGACCUGAGCAUCCUCAGGUCCACCAAGGAGGUGCUGGAUGCACAGUACAGCGCGUACCACUCCGCGGUCAGUCUGUCCAACGCAUACAUGAACGCGGGCACGGCCAGCGACCAGUUCCUCCGCGAGAAUCUUGAAUGGCUUGCUAAAGCAUCCAACUGGAGCAAAUUUACGGCCACCGCGGCCCUCGGCGUGAUCAACAAGGGCAACUUGAAGCAGGGCAUGAGCAUACUGCGCCCCUAUCUGCCCUCAGACGGUCCCUCCUCGAGCGUGUACUCGGAGGGCGGCAGUCUUUUCGCCUUGGGGCUCAUCCAUGCGAACCACGGCGGCAGCGUGCUGGAGCUCUUGAUCAAUACGCUGCGCACCAACACAGCAGAUGUGGUGCAACACGGCGCUGCGCUCGGUCUUGGCGCGGCCGGCAUGGCAACGGAGAACGAGGAAGUGUACGAAGAGCUGCGCAACGUACUCUAUGCCGACUCUGCGAUUGCAGGCGAGGCGGCAGGGUAUGCCAUGGGCCUUGUCCAUCUCGGCACAGGCUCGGCACAGGCGACCGAAGAGAUGCUUCAAUACGCACAGGAAACGCAGCACGAGAAAAUCAUUCGCGGCCUUGCCGUUGGCAUUGCCCUUUUGAACUACGGCCGCGAGUCGGAAGCGGAUAGCACGAUUGAUACGCUCAUCUUCCACAAGGAUGCGAUUAUGCGCUACGGCGGUGUUUACGCGCUGGCCUUGGCGUAUGCCGGCACGGGGCAGAACAAGGCCAUCAGCCGCCUGCUCCACCUCGCAGUCUCAGACGGAAGCGACGACGUGCGCCGCGCAGCCGUAACCGGCCUUGGAUUUUUGCUAUUCCGCAACCCCGAGCAUGUCCCGGAGACGGUGCAGCUUCUUGGCGAGAGCUACAAUCCCCAUGUGCGGUACGGCGCGGCAAUGGCGCUGGGCAUUGCUUGUGCUGGUACGGGUCUCGACGCUGCGCUGGACCUGCUGGAGCCGAUGACCAAAGACACGGUAGACUUUGUCCGCCAAGGCGCUUGCAUGGCGCUCGCCAUGAUUGUGAUUGAGCAAAACGUUUCGCUGAAUCCGCGCGUGCAAACUGUGCGCAAAACGUUCGACCGCAUUAUUACCGAGAAGCACGAAGAAGCGAUGGCCAAGUUUGGCGCGACGCUUGCACAAGGCCUCAUCGAUGCUGGCGGCCGCAAUGUGACCAUCAGUUUGCGUGGCCGUGGUGGGAGUACCAAUGCGCCUGCAAUUGUCGGCAUGGCGCUCUUUUUGCAGUACUGGUACUGGUUCCCCAUGGCCAACUUCGCCUCGCUCGCGUUUACCCCCACGGCGUUUAUUGGCCUUUCGCGCAACCUUGAAAUGCCGCAGAUGGAGCUGGUCAGCCGCGCCCGUCCAAGCCUCUUUGCCUACCCUCCGCCGCUCGAGGUGCACUCGGAAAAGAAACUGGAAAAGGUGGAGACCGCAGUGUUAAGCACCACAGUCAAGUCGCAAGCGCGCCAGCGCACCAAGGAAAAAAAGAAGGCUGCGCUGGACGGUGCCGGGCCCAUGGACACGGACGAAAAGCCGGACGAGGAGGAGAAAAAAGAGGCGCCGGCGCCCAAGCCAGAGCCCACGCAGGAAAUGGUGCGCAACUGCUCGCGUGUCACGCCGUACCAACUUAAAUACGUUGCCUCUGUGCCUCAUUCCCGCUUCCUCCCUGUCCGCCCUGUGAUCAAUAGUCGCGCAGAGAUUUGGCAGAGCACCGACAAGCUUGCUGUUCAUGACGAGGACGCCGACGGAGACGCAAAAGAGCGUACACGGGCGCGCCAGCUCGACACGUCUGUCACCGGCGGCGGCGGCGGCAUUAUGAUGCUGCUGGACCGCGAGCCAAACAAGUCUUUUACUCCCCUCUCUUUGCAAGGGGACAAAGGCGAAAGCAUGGACCAUCAAGAGGCCGCCGCCACGCUUGCUUCCGCGCCCGACACGGAAGACAAGGCGCCUACGAGCGUCCCCGAGGCAGAGCAAGCGCCGCAAGCAGAGGAAGACGUAGACAUGGCCGACCCCACGCCCGAGGCGCGAUAA